GUUCAAAUGUUCUUGUCAAGAGCAAAAUUUACCUCUGCAAUGACUCCCAACAUAUCAAUAUUUACAUUUUAACUAAAGGAGUGUACAGAAGAAGGGAAGAAGUCGAAAAAAAAGUUUUGAGAUAAGAGCAAAAAAAAAAAAAAUGGAAUUCUGAAACUUUCGAAAUCCAUGCAACCUUACAAUAUCAUAUUUGUAGUUGUGUUCAAGCUGAAUAAUAUAUAUUACAACAAAUGUUCGAUUAUCUGAAUUGCAAAAAAAAGAUGCGAUGUAAAAUUUCAACUGGGUAACAGUUGCUCAUUGAGCUGAAUUCCGUAUGUAGAAUAAAUUAACUUCCAACUCAUAGAUGUAAACUAAAUUUAUUUCACUCAUUAUAAGAAUAUGAAAGAUGUUCUAUUUAAACCUUAGGAUUUUUUAAUUUUAUGGUGUUUUCAAAUACUAGAAAUAAAUUUCACUCAAUUUGUCAGGAGAGAAGUUUUUUUUAACUAAUCUGGGAAAUGGUGUUAGUCGAUUUAGUCCCCUUCUCUUUACAGUCCCUUAUCGAUAACAGAAAAUCAAUUCAAUUUUCUUCUACAAGCACGAAAUUUUGAUUUGCAUCAAUUAGUUUGGCUGAUAAAAAUAGCUCAUUCUGUCACUAAUCUCAUUUAUGAAUAGUUGGCUGGACUAAAAUCAGGGCGCUUUUUUCAUUACCGCAUGAUUUGCGUCAUGCUUCAUUGGUCGUCAUGGUCAAUGCAUUGGCUUGUUAAUCAUGUGUUUGGUAGGAGAAAAAUACAAAUAAAAUUAAACAGUAAGCAAGAGAUAUUACACUAUUGGUAGCGACUAAGGUUUUUUUCUUCCGUGCGAUAUAUUGAAAAGUAUGGUUCAAUUUGAGGGGAUUUGAAACUGAUUUGUACCGUUUCAAGAGAAAACACAUCGCUACAACAGUGUUGUUAAACCUGAUUUCCAGGGUAAAACUUGCGGUUAAGGAAAAAGAGGAUGAGAGAAUGAUUGAAACCAGUCCUAAUCUUAGAAAAAGGGUUUCUGAACAUAGGCCCAAGUGUUUCUUUGCUUAUGUAAAAGGUGAAGAAUGCAUGCUUUGAUUGAGUACCUGCGAUAAUUAUGCUAAAAAACUAGUUAAAUUACACAGAGUAUUGAUGGAUGUUCUAUUUUAUCUCGCAGUCAACAUGGUUAUCAGGCAUUGUGUACACGCUUGCUUGUUAGACAACCCUUUGGUUCACGUAAAACAACAGCUGUGAUCAACAAUUAAUAUAGUGCCUGAGCCAGUUACCCACAGUUCUCCUGCAAUCAUUGAAGAGUUGACUCAAUUUAAUACACUUGUCACCUCGUACCAGGUUCGAUAUACCCUGGCGGCUGAAAGAAACUCUGACUGAAAGGUUUAUGUGCUUUGAGAAAAAGUUUACGCAAUCUGGUUAUAAACAGUUUACUCUUACUGCUACUUUGGAACGCUUCUCUUCUCUUCACUUUACAAGUAGUUCUUUGAGGAGUCCUUUGGUAUAUUCGCAGCUGACGAUCAUGGCACAUUCACAAAAACUAGCAUUAGGAAUAGAUCUCGGUACAACUUCGGUUAAAGUAGUCGUCGUGUCAACUGAGACUAAACAGAUUGUUAGCAAGCAGUCCAAGGAUACGCAGGCUAAUGUGCCUAGUGAUCUGGGUGUGGAAGGAAACAAGCAGGAUGUACCAAAAAUCCUAUCCGCAGUCCACAGCUGUGUAUCACGCAUUCCAAAAGAUUUGCUUCGCCAGGUGGUUAAUAUCGGAAUUUGUGGACAAAUGCACGGUGUGACUUUUUGGAAAUAUUCGUCGGAGGAAGACGAUAAGGAACACGAUGGGGUAUUUAAGUUGGAAAUUUCUCGAGAAAAAGUAUCGCCGCUUUACACUUGGCAAGAUUCACGCUGCGAUCCAAAAUUUCUGGCAUCUUUGCCAGCAUCAAAAAGUCACCUAACUACCCACUCUGGUUAUGGUUGUGCUACUAUAUUCUGGUUUGCUAAAUACAAACCUGAAAAGCUGAGCAAAUACAAUAGAUGUGGUACGGUUCAAGAUUUGUUGGUGGCUCUGCUUUGCGGUCAUAGCGAAGUAACGAUCAGUACACAAAAUGCAGCGAGCUGGGGAUAUUUCUUAACAACAGAGUCACGUUGGGAAAUAGACGUCUUGUCGCAACAUGAAUUUCCUACACACAUUUUACCAAGUAAAAUUUUGCAGCCCGGACAAGCGGCUGGCUGUCUGGAGCAAACGUGGUUCGGAAUUCCUGCUGGUACACCAGUAGGUGUUGCUUUAGGUGACCUGCAGUGCUCUGUUUACGCCUUAUUAAAAGAUCCGACAGAUGCGGUAUUGAACAUUUCCACUUCAGCGCAACUUGCCUAUGUUGAUCCAUUUUUCAGUCCGAAACAGUCAGGUGAAACAGCAAAAAUUCAACAUUUUCCAUAUUUCGAGGGGAGGUACUUGGCAGUAGCUGCAUCUUUGAAUGGAGGCAAUUCUUUAGCUACGUUUGUCAGAGCUUUACAACAAUGGAGCAUGGAUUUAGGCUUCUCAAUACCUCAAUCUAAGGUUUGGGAAAAGUUAAUAGCUUUAGGGCAAGAGGACACGGCUAUUUCUGAUUUGGAAAUUGUGCCUACUUUGCUCGGUGAACGCCAUGCUCCAGAACAUACGGCUAGCGUGUCUCAAAUAACACUAGACACCUUACAACUUGGCCAGAUAUUCCGUGCUCUUUGUUCUGGGGUAAUAAAAAAUCUUCAUAAUAUGAUGCCGCAGGAAGUAUUGCAAAAGGCUGGAAUACAGCAAAUUGUUGGUAAUGGAUCAGGUUUGGUCCGGAAUUUAGUCUUGCAAAAGGAAGUGCUGCGAUGGUAUCAGUUACCAUUGGAAAUAGGACAAUCGGGAGAUGCAGCUCUUGGAUCAGCUCUUGCAGUAAUUAACCAUAACUAGAAAAUUAGCGGAGCUAUAGACUGUAAGCUCUGGCAGGUGUCAGUAAAUGUAAUAUGACCUUUUGCGUCACAAAUAAAAAAACUAACAAUCGUAGUAUUCAAAUAUUUUAUAUGUAUGUAUAAUAAAUUUCAGAUCAUUAUUGCCGAUAAAAAAAUUGUAAUGCUACUGUUUACCGAAUUUAGAGUUUCAUUUCCAUUUGCAUGCAACACCUUUAAACUAGUAGGAAAUAUGAUUGUGACGGUAGUAGCGUGCAUGUCAUACAAUAUUGAUGCAAAAACCAUGGUUUCACAAUUGUAGAAUGACCUUGCAAGAGUUGAGUUUCCGAAAUAUGCGGCAUAGGCUCUAUUCAUAUUCGCUGCAUGCAACGUAUUUAAAAUAGUAGAUAGUAGACUAAGAAUAGAAAGAUAGUAGCACUGAUGUCAUAAAAUGUUGAUACCAAUAUCAUGGUUUCACAGUUUUCGAAUGAUCUUGCAGCUGGAGCUAAGUCUCGAAAAUAUGAUAAUUUUUUAUUUUCAAACAACACUGAACUUGUAAAAUUACAGUUUUCUUUAUGAAUGUAUCGUUUUGCAACAAUACGAAUUUCAAUCCCAUGUAAACAUGCAUCUAGUCAGCGUCAUCUGUCAUUGUUAAAUAAAACAUCGUGUCACCAUUUCACUAUACAGAUAUAAGAAAAGAUUAGCUGUGGAUCUGUGUUAACUUUGCAUGAAGCGAAUAAGGUAUAACUUUACAUCAGCCAAUGGAAAUUACAGCACGAUUUUUUCCAACUUAUUUUCUAAGUUAAAUGCAUGCCGUAAAAGUAAGAAACAAAAUUUAAAAUAAUCAUUAAAGUAGGUAUAAUAAAUCCCAACAGUUUUGAACGUUCAGAAAUGUAUAUCAAAGGCACUUUACUUUACAUGUAAACAUUUUUGAGUGAUACACUAUAAUAUUGCUGUGUGUCACAAGCUUAAGUUACACAGACUAUACAAAAUUCAAAACGGCGGAAUGAAAAAUUCUAAAAUUUAAUAUCCAAAACUGUAUCGUAUUAGUAAACAUGACACAGCGAGUCAAUUAUUGUAUUACCUAUAUACAGAA